UCUACUGUUCCGAUUGUCCUCCCCAGCGAGAAGCUUGAAAUGGAAAAGCCACCAGAGGGCUACCCCCGACUUGCGGCUCUUCAGGGCACCUAUCCUCAGUUGGGAAUAUACCGUCGCUUCGCAACCCUUAAUGCACGCAACCUGCUUUACUUGCAAGCCGAGAUAGUUGAUCUCGAAACCAGCCUCAACGAAUACACGAAGGAAGAUUGCGGGUCUGAAAAUUCGCGGAAAAGGCUCCGCAACAAGAACUGGUUUCUUUUAAGUCGAAGGAAUGACGGUGUACUGGGCUCGCAGUGGCACACGAUGAUACGUUUGAGGAAGAAGUUGAAGCAAUACAAUCAGUGUCUAUUCCAACAACGCCAGCUUGCUACUUUUGAUAAACCUGAAGCAGGCAAUCUUGAGUUCAUGAACGAAUGGCUUGCCGACUCGAGCCGGGGCAAUUAUGCUCUGGAAGGCCUGGACAGAAAUGUCUGGCAAGAUGGGAAAGACCUGUUGGUGGUCACGCCCGAUAGGUUGGUGGGCGACUCCUUCACACGAUUUUUGCGAAAACCUUUGACGGCACUGUGGCAUAAAUUGUGGGGUAGACGUCGGGGGCCAACUGAUGUAGAAAACAGUGUAUGUGCUUAUGGGGAGAAGAUAGCGAUCAGAUUUGCAGAUAUAAUUGGGACCGCCAUCGCCUCCUUGCUACCAGUCUUGGCUGUCGUGGUCCUCUAUUGUGUUAGCGAGAUGCUGACAAGGUUGGUUAUCGUCGCAUUGUUUACGGUGAUAUUUUCGCUGGCGCUGGUAACGACCACGAAAGCUAGGAGAAUUGAGAUAUUUGCCGCAACUGCUGCAUUUGCAAGCGUGCAGGUGGUUUUCGUGGGAAGCAGUGAUAUUUAA